GAAUUUCCAAAGUACGAAGGAGGGACUGUCCAGAGAAGGUAUUCGUCGUUCCGUAAAGUAGUUUGAAAGUUUUCGUGGAAAAUUUUUCAGGAAAAGGAUGAAUAAUAUUGUCCGCAUCCAGCCAAUGCAGUAUGUUCACCUCCUAGAUCUGGUAGGUACAUAACCUGGUACGAUCCUUCAUUUUGAGUGCAUUUAGCAGAUCACUUGUUUGCUUGCAGCUUCGUGUUUUCUGACAGCAGGUUAACUAGCUCACGAUCCUAAAGUUUCGCAGUUAUUUUGAAAUCUAGAUGAUGAAAUUAUCCAUAAUCUGUAGAGUAAUAAAAAUGAUCACGUCCGAAGGAUAUUUUCCGUUUUUGCGCACCUGUUCAUUGCAGUGCUUGUUUUGCAGCCCUAUAUCAGUUACUAGAAAUAUGUCAAUUUCACAAUGCAAUGUUCCGUCUGUUAGUAAGGAAUUUACGUUAAAAAGUUAUAAAUCGAAAUAUUGUAUACAAUCAACAGGAACUCUGCCAGGAUCAAAGUUAUUGAGAUUUUGAUAAAUUUUUGGAAGAGGUCGAAAAUGAAAUAGGGAUUCUGACGUCAAUUGAUUGACGUCACUAUCGCUCGAUUUUUUUUUCGAAGUAAAGAAAACAUAUCAGUCCUGUAGAAUGACAAAGGAUGGAGAGAAUGUUUAUGGGAGGCUGUUGCAUAAAUGAAAAAAUGAAAUUCAUAAAGGAGUUAAUAGUUGAUUCCAAUCACUACUGCUUCCCUGCUCUCCCUCCCCCCCAUCCCCCCCCCCCCCCCCCUCACUUACACCCACACAUCAUCCAAGAAGUCAAGUCAAGUCAAUUUUUAUUUAAACUCACACAGAAUAACUGUAAUUAAUACAAAUUAGCGCUUUAAAAUAUAAUAUAAAUAUAAAUUUAGAUAAAAAGUAUUACUUCAUUAAUUGAAAUAAUAGUAUUUUAACCAUCAAUCACAGAAUUCUUGAUAUAUUGACGAAAACUGGAAAACGGCUUGAUUUUCUUAAGAUCAAUAGAUAAAGAAUUCCAAAGUUUUGGACCAGUGUAAGUGAGAGAAUGAAUGCCGUAUUGAGUGGUAUGAACAGAUUUAACAAACAGAUUAUCAAUCUGUGAUUGACGUGUAUUAUAUGAACGAAUUGAAGAUACUGGGUUAAAAUAAUUAAGAAAACAAGAAGGGCUUAGUUUAUGGUACCACUGAUAAACAAAAGAGAGAGUUUCAAGAUGAAUUAUAUCAGAGAAUUUUAGGAGUCUGAGAGACUUCAGCAAUGGCUCAGAAUGAGAUCUAGGGUCGGAAAAAGUCAUUAUUCUGACGACUCGUUUUUGCAAAGUAGUUACUGGUUUUAGGUAGGUUGGGUAUGUGAGACCCCAAACAGUUUUAACAUUUAUUUUUCCUUAUUAUUAAUGGGGUAAAUUUUUUUAAAAAGCUUUACUUUCUAUCUCGCCUCAGCCUGUGGUUCAAAGGGAUAAUGUGUUACGGGUCAAAAUUGAAUUCAGGGGUAAAAUUGUUUUAAAAAGAUGCCCAUAACAGGAGUUCAUUGGACUGCCAACCUGAAAUUUUGUUUACCUGGGGCAGUUACUAUUUUAUUACAAUACGAGGGUAUGUGUAUGGACCCUUAAUACCUGUCAGGAAAGUGAGCAUGAAAAGUUAUUUUGCCCUGAGAAGGUUAAAUAUGACAUGUCCUGGCUCAGACUCUGGAAAGCCAUUUUUUAAAAUCCCUGAUAAAACCACUUUUUGUGUCAAUGAUCACAUAAAAUUAGUUUUAAAAUGAAAUUCUACUUGUAUUUAUUCAUUUUUCUGUAUUUAGAACACCAAUGUGACAGUCCUGGAAGUUGGACCCAAGAGUUUGAUUCUUCAAGACAAUCAUAAGUUAGUGGAGGGUCCUUUGCCCUUUGUCGUCAUUCCACCUGGUCAUUACUGUGUCAUUGAAAACCCUGUCAAGUAAGAAAUCACAAAUUCUGUUUGUAUAUUUUUGUAGUGGAGUAUAGUUAGACAUUAGUAUUUUUAUUUAUAGUGAUCGCUUUCAUCAUCCAGGAAAUUAUCUUAAAUAAUUUAUGGAAAUGGUUCCAAAUUAUCCUUUUUCAGAUUUUCAUUUGAAAAUGAUCCAUUUAUGGUUUUAGUGUAAGGUCAUUUUCUAAUGAGAACUUUUGGUCUCCGUUCGAGAAAAUGAAAUGAAAUGUCCUGUUAUGGAUGGGUGUUCUUGAUCUGGAAACUGAAUUCAUGAUAAGCAUGUCAGUCAUAAUUACCAAGGAACUAAAUGGAUAACAAUUUUAAAUUGACAACUAAUUCCUCACCUAUAAUACAGUGCAUUUGAAAGGAAAGAAAGUUGAAACCCAUUAAAACUAUUAACUAUAGUUUGUUUGUUGAUAUUUUACAUUUGAGACAACCAUGUGAGCCUGGAAAGCAGUGUGAUUUGAAACAUGGCUACAGAGAAGUAAGAUUUUUUGAGGUAAGUAAAAAUUAAGUGACUUUAAGGCAAAUUCUAAUUUCAUUGACCAGUCGAACAAUUUUUGCCUCCUUGAUGUUGAACUUAACAUGUGCAAUAGUGGGCCAGCCAGUAAAAGCGAUGGUCCAGAGGAAACUCGAUCUCCGGCAGGCUAUACUGGCUAUUCAGUGGAUCACUGCAGCAGUUUUUUGAUAUUUGACGAAUACAAUGGCAACAGUAGUGAACAACAAUAAUUAUCAUUGCAUUCAUUUAGCCGCAAAAACACAUCUUGGAGAAAGUGUUGUAAAGUUGCAGAUCUGUAGGUGUUGGUUCAUGUUCUUCUAUGUCUUUUUUUUUCUCAGUAGUUUAGGGAUAGACUACAAGCUACUUUGUCAUUGUUCAUUUUGUCACAUGGUACAGCUUACUGAUUUGUAUUAAUUUUGGAGUUUUUCUUUCAUUUUGAUUUUGGUCUUGUUUUCUUAUUUGUUAGGAGCCUUUUCCUCUGUACCCUGGUGAAACUAUUGAAGGAGCACAGCAAUUAGCAGGUUCAGCUUUUGCAGUUGAAUUUCUGCUAAGUUACACCUCCCGUAAUAAAGUAGAUACACCUUAUCAACAAACACCAAGCCUUGCUCGGCCUUUAAUUUGUUUCUUUCAAACUUUCCAGUUUGAGUUUGAUUAUGCUAGGAGGCAGAAUAGAAUGGCAAUGCAUUAUAUAGAAAUUCAAAUUUCUUUGAAAUGUUCUGAAUGGUUUUUCUAAUGAUUUGAAUUCCCCUUCCUCUCCAUAGGUGUCCAUUUCCUAUAAAAACACAAUUUAACUGACUUGGCUUUGGGAUUUUCAGUUAGGGAAACUUCUACCUUGUUUAUGAUUAAUGUAUAUGGUUUUUUAAUCUUCUAAUAACACAAUUUUUUCAUGUUGAUUGAAGUAAAAUUACUCUUUUUCCAUCUGCCCAACAAGUAUUUGACCCAUAAAAGAGAUUAUUGGAGCAAUUACAUUGUAUUGCAUUUAAUUUCGAAAUAUUAAACAUAGGAUACAAAUCUGGAAUCAAGGCUCUUCCUGUCAUCGGACCAAAUGAAGGCCUUCAACUAUUAGCAAUUGUCGAUCAUGUGGACGGUGAUGAAGAACGUAAAACUGGAGACUUUUGGCAGCUGGAGGGUCCCCUUACCUACAAGCCAACUCCUUAUGCUGUAUGUUAAUGUUAAAAAUAUUAUCAUUUGAUUAGGCCAUUUAACAAGAGUGUGCUCAGUGUCCUGGCCUUUGAAUAGAAUCAAGGAUGGAGGUUACCUUGUUUUGUUACCGACCUUCCAUUUUUCACUUGUAAAUAGUCAUGUUCAUGGGCUUGUUAGCAUGAGAAUAUAAUGAUUUGCACAUGAAAACCAGGAAGGUUUCAAAGGCCAGGGAACUGAGCACACAACUUUUAAAAUAGCCUUUUAAUCUUAUUGACAGGUAGUUUUAGUUAAUUUUUUAAGGUAAACGUAAUAUUGUUGGUUUUAAGAACUUAGUAGGUAAGUUUGCAACCUUCUUUCACAGAUUUGAAAAGAGACUGUCACAUGAAUUUUGUAUGAAACCCUUUGAUUUCCCCCAUAUGCGACCACCUGUUGUAAGUGACUGCAACUUUAAUUUCUUUUAAGUUAUCAUAUGACACAUACUCUGGUCUCUAUAAUACAUGUUUGUAUUAUGCUACUUAGAAGAAAAACUACAGGGUUGUUUGUCCUUGUUGAGAAAAGAACUCCUAGUUUGUAAUUUGCUAAUUUGUUUUCUUGUUUCUUUUGCAGGAAAUAGUGAAGAGAGUCAAACCUCGCGUGAUUAGACAUGGCCAAGCAUUACGGCUGAAGGCAAAGCAGGCUUUUGUUGACAACAAGGGGCAGUAUGUAGUACAUUGUUAUACCUUAGUUGAGUGAAACUCAGAUUUUUAGACUAAGAUUGCUGGCUUAGAGUAGAAUUCUGUUCACUCAAAUCUGAACUCCCCUGGCCUGCUGUAAUUAAACAACUUUUAGCUUGAAAAAAGUUACUUACUGAGCAAGCAACUUUUCAAGCCCAAUGGCCAAGGGUCCAAGCAAGACAUCAUCCAACUAUCAUUAACUAAAACAAGCAAGUAGUUGCCCUGGGCAAGUGAAAUGUGACAGCUGCUCACCCAAAGAACCUGCUUGAAUUUAAUUUUUUUUAGCAUUGAAGAGAAUUAACCUGGACUUCAUUAACAUUUUCGGAAUUAAAUCAAGCAGUUUUACAUGUUAUUAUUUUAUUUUUUAUCACUAAUUUCUCAGGAAGCGUGUAACUUCAGAAGAAUGGUUGAUCAGAGAUCUUGGUGCAUAUCUGCCAGGAGUUUUUGAAGAGGUUUGAUAGAGUAAUUUUAGGAAAUAAACCCCCUGCUUACGUGAAUUCUUUUUUACCCCUUAACAAACAAUUAUAAAUCCCAAGUUGAUGUACUUUCCUUCGAAAAGAGACUCUAAUGGUGAGUUUCAACAAUGCCACGAUUUCUUGAGCUAGUAAAUUUUAGCACAGGAACCCAUAUUUUACUUUUGUUGUAGACAGUAGACAGACAUGAUUGCAUAUUGUUUGAUCAGUUUAUUGUUGUUUGUUAGGUUGUUGGUGUUGAACGUGCCCACACAAUGACUGAAGAAAAAGCCCUUCACAUGAGAGCAAAGCAAACUUGUAUAGAUGCGCUCGGAAGAAAGAGGUGAAGUCAUUGUUAACAAGUCAAUCUGAAGACUAAUUUGUUGGUGUUUCACUAUAACAGUAGUUUUGACUGAACAACUGCUGUGUAGUUUUUCUUUUUUAUUCUCAAAAAAAUAGAAGUACCUUUAAUGGGGAUUUUCUUGAUCAAAUUAGAAGUCUAAUUUGUUUGUUGUUGUGUUGUAAAAUGAGUAGCGUUAAGUGCGUCUUCUUCUUGCUGAUGCAAUAAAGGCAUUGUUACUUGAGACUAUCUGCAAUGCAGCGUAGCACAUUUGUUGCAACAUUGUUUCGAAUCGUUACAACAUUGUUCAAAUAUUUAAAUGAAGAUAUGAUCACUGCAGUGGUAAUUGCAAUUUAAGCAAUAGACUGCAAAUAAACCGGAAACNUUGAUCAGUUUAUUGUUGUUUGUUAGGUUGUUGGUGUUGAACGUGCCCACACAAUGACUGAAGAAAAAGCCCUUCACAUGAGAGCAAAGCAAACUUGUAUAGAUGCGCUCGGAAGAAAGAGGUGAAGUCAUUGUUAACAAGUCAAUCUGAAGACUAAUUUGUUGGUGUUUCACUAUAACAGUAGUUUUGACUGAACAACUGCUGUGUAGUUUUUCUUUUUUAUUCUCAAAAAAAUAGAAGUACCUUUAAUGGGGAUUUUCUUGAUCAAAUUAGAAGUCUAAUUUGUUUGUUGUUGUGUUGUAAAAUGAGUAGCGUUAAGUGCGUCUUCUUCUUGCUGAUGCAAUAAAGGCAUUGUUACUUGAGACUAUCUGCAAUGCAGCGUAGCACAUUUGUUGCAACAUUGUUUCGAAUCGUUACAACAUUGUUCAAAUAUUUAAAUGAAGAUAUGAUCACUGCAGUGGUAAUUGCAAUUUAAGCAAUAGACUGCAAAUAAACCGGAAACAAAUUUCGGGAUUUCAACGGGAAUCGAACCAUGGUCUUUGCGUUAGCGCUGCAGUGCUCUACCAACCGAGCUAUGAAAACGCAUACAUUGGGAGCAGGCCAGGUCUUAACCUGUGACAAAAUAUAGAAACAUCUUCAUUAUUUUCCAGAACAAAGAGCUCUUAGUACAUAUAAGCAGCUGUUCUAUGAGGCUCAUCUAUGUAUUCUGACUGAAGGGCCGUUCAGUAAUGAGAAUUUACAAAUUGCUUAUCGUUUUGUUCAGAAAUGCAGGAGAUGAGUGGCUUGUCACAUCAGACGAUGCCGAGAUGUACAUACCUGAAGUAUCUGAGGCAGUUGUUGCUGAAGUAUUUAAAACUGUACUGUCUCGUAAGGAGUAUUGUAUAGUUACUGAUCCCAUUGACAGCAAGGGCCGUAACCAGCUUGGGAAAAGGGAGCUUCGGAAAGGAGUCACAAGUUUCUUUUUACAUCCAGGUAACGAUAGGGAAGUAAAGGGGAAGAAGAAGGGAAAAUAGGAGCGAGAAGUUAUAGACUUGUUUUUUCAUUAAAAAUGUAAUUGGUUUGGAUUUUAAUUUAUUCAUAACAGGAGAAGAUCUGGAUGGUGGAAUACUAAAUUCUUACAUUCUAGAAGCAGAUGAAGCUCUGGUACUGUCAGCUAUCGAUCAUUUUGAUGAUGAUUCUGCUAAAAGUGAGUUCUUUCAACAAUCAUUCUUCCACAUGCAAUAUUUUAUCAAAGAAAAAUGAAAUUUUCCCAAAUAACAAUUUUAGGAUUUUGUCGUAGGCGAAUUUCUUGGCGUCGAACGUUCGCGGCAAUUCCGCACAUUUUUACAGUCGAGCUCUAUUCCAUUCAAAGGAUGGUGGCACACACAAUUUCCUCUUUGUGUCCCUUUCCAUUGAUCUGCAGACAUGAAUCUUCCCCGUGAUUGGUUUCCCAAUUGGUCGGUUGGUUGAUUUUUAUUUGCUAGAGUGCUCAAUCGCCUCCCACCCGGGAGGUUUUGCGAUGGAAUCCCUUCGCGGAAAACUUUUCUCUUGAGAGCUUUGUCGAUAUUAAACAGCCUGCGUGGCAGGCUCAAAAAGGGGAGGGGGGAGGGAGAAAAGCGCGAAAGAGGAGAAGAGAGAAGAGAGCGCCUGCAAUAAGAGCCGGUGUUUUUGUAUUCCACCCACCAUUUUCUGAACUAAUCCGAUAACGUCAACUGUCAAUACGUGACCAAUCACAAGUAGGGCCCUUGUCAGCAUGGACCGAACUCAAUUACUUUGUUUACUAGAAAUUGUCAAGUCGAGACGUUUUUUUUCAAGUGAUAUAAUAAUCCAGCGAAACAAAAACAACUUUACUGUUCUUGAUCCCGAAGCAAACACUGCAAACAUAUAGACUACCCUGUCUCCCCAAUCCCUCUCCUAUUUUUCCCUUCCUCCUUAUCCCCCACGCAGGCUAAUAUUAAUUAUUGUUUGUACCGUUAUCUUGUUCAGAGAAGUGUCAUCGAUCUCCUGGUGAUCGGUGGAUGAUCUUUGGUCCAACUGAGUACAUUCCUCCAAUAGAGGUCACUGUUAAAUCAAGAAGGUUUGCAAACUCAUGCGUUUUAUGACCUUAAAAGAACCUCAAGCAACUACAACAGCAGCACCUUAAAAACGUCACUUCAAGCUUUGCAUAGCUUCCUGGCUGUAACCUGUCAGUUACUAAGGACAUUGAAACAACUUGAACCUCGACAGAAGAUUAAUUUGAUCAACCGACGAGUAAAGCAUCUUGUACUUGAUAUAAGAUCGGUUUUAUACGGAGAUCACAAAAUGGUUAAGAUCCUGAUCACCAAAAAAGUAAACGAUGAAAGGGUUUUAAAUGUUACUGCCUUGGCAAAUGUUUCACUGUAGUAAACCAGUGAACGUUGACGCGUGCUAGUAGUAUAGGGUUCACCGAAUUAACCAUUUUUUUGCACUUAAGGUGGCUCGAUACAGUUUUCCAGGGCCAAUACCUCCCAAGUUUGAGCAUAAACUACGUCGCCACAAACAAAGUUUUGAAAUAAUUGUCACCACAGUUGUAUUAGAUAAAGAUGAAAAUUUGUUAUGAUCAGGGUUGCAACGUCAUCGGAGUUGUCAUAGCAACGAAAUGACGCUAUUACCUAUUUUACUUGCAGCAGUAUAUCUCGGCACUAGGAACUGUUUUUCCAAAAUCGUUCACGGGAGCUUUUUCCUCCAAUAGCAGCCUCGAUGUUCGUGAAGUUUAAGCGAAAUCUGUAAGAGCGUUAUCGAGAUAUUUUGGGAUGAAGUUUUUAUGGUUAGAAACACAGUAAAAAAUGGACAAUAUUUCACCUCAUAGUAGUUUCAAUCGUUUUAAAAACGUGUGUGAAAGAUCAUUUAGAUAGCUCCAACCGAUUGCUAGAAAGAAGGGUUUGAUUAGUAUGUAUCGAAGCGCUCUUGCUAGCGGUUUUGUAAACAUUUUGGUCUUCUUUAUCAAAUUAGCGAAUAAUUUUUAAACCGCUCGAUAGAUUUUUAAAAAAAUUUAAGGUUCUUGAGAUUAACCUUCCUUUUAUAUGACCUUUUAGUUUCAAGAUUAUUGAUAUAUUGUAAGGCAGUAAAAUAAGGGCUACAAUUCGCUAAUAUUUUGGCUGAAAUUUUGUGUUGACAAGUGUGAGCCUCUCAUUAUUCAGGGUAUUGUCUCCAAGUUUCAUAUUUUCGUGCACAACAAUAGCUAGCAAUUUUGCAUAUGUCAAAUGCAUUGUUAGUUACUGCUGUUCACGUGAAGAUGAAACUUGGAGACAAUGCCUUGAAUAAUGAGAGGCUUUCUCUUGUAAUGACGAGACUUCCAAUAAAAAAGCAGCGAAUUGUAGCCGUUAUUUUACUGCCUUACAAUGUAUCAAUAAUCUUGAAACUAAUAGGUCAUAUAAAAGGAAGGUUAAUCUCAAGAAUCUCAAAUUUUUUAAAAAAUCUAUCGAGCGGUUUAAAAGUUAUUCGCUAAUUUGAUAAAGAAGACCAAAAUGUUUACAAAACCGCUAACAAGAGCGCUUCGAUACAUACUAAGCAAACCCUUCUUUCUAGCAAUCGGUUGGAGCUGUCUAAAUGAUCUUUCACACACGUUUUUAAAAAGAUUGAAACUACUAUGAGGUGAAAUUGCAUGUCAAAAGCUCUUCAUUUUUUACAGAUAACGGCCAAACAACAAUAUUGUCCAUUUUUUACUGUGUUUCUAACCAUAAAAACUUCAUCCCAAAAUAUCUCGAUAACGCUCUUACAGAUUUCGCUUAAACUUCACGAACAUCGAGGCUGCUAUUGGAGGAAAAAGCUCCCGUGAACGAUUUUGGAAAAACAGUUCCUAGUGCCGAGAUAUACUGCUGCAAGUAAAAUAGGUAAUAGCGUCAUUUCGUUGCUAUGACAACUCCGAUGACGUUGCAACCCUGAUCAUAACAAAUUUUCAUCUUUAUCUAAUACAACUGUGGUGGCAAUUUUUUCAAAACUUUGUUUGUGGCGACGUAGUUUAUGCUCAAACUUGGGAGGUAUUGACCCUGAAAAACUGUAUCGAGCCACCUUAAAUUUCAUGAACGUGCGUAGGAAGACAUACCUUGUUUGGUCUGUAAUAGCGUUCUUUCUUUUGCUCAUGAAUCUUUUCUAGCCGGGAAUCCUACUAACGGGUCAUGAACGCGGGUGGAUAACACACUGUAAAAUCAGUAAAAUGCGGACAAAUUCUGUUAGUAAAAAAGGCCUCCUAUAUUCUUUUGUCGUACGGUGGCCAGCUCUAGUCAGGUCGUUUCGCUGUUUCAUGAAGCCGAUUCACUUCAAAGCAGUUUUUGUAUUGACGUAGAUUUCGACAUAUGGGAAGGGUGUAGAAAUGGGAAUUGCAGCGCAAGUAGAUCGGUUGCAUACACCAUUGCACUCCUGAGAAAACCUGUGGUCUCGGACCUGAGAAGUUCGAUGUCGCGUACAUAACGUAGAAAACAAUAAGAGCCUCCAAAUGUGUGUUUAUUUUCUUCUUUUGUGUAGGUGAAACAUUCCUCGUAAGGAAGAUUCCUGUGCAAAAAUAAUUCAGUGCACCCCUUACUGCUCUCUCUCUUCAAAGAUUUCUCUUGUAAGGAUUUCGGCAAACACCACAGUGAUCGUCAACUAUUAUACACUACUUAAACUCAUAUUUGUUUGUGAGCCGUUUUAUGGAUUAUCUUAAUUAUUUUACAGGAAAGCGAUGCCUCUUUGUGAAAACGAAGGAAUUUAUGUCAGGGAUACACAAAGUGGAGCUGUACGUACUUGGCUACUUUGUCUGUGAAGAACCUUAUAGAAGAUUGUUUGCAGUGGUUCCCUUUAAAAACGUCUUUUAAAUCAAUUGUACUCAUCAAUUCACGAUAUUUGCUUCGUCUCUGCUUAUUAUUUUCAAGGUGCGGGCCGUGAUGGGACCUCAGUCUUAUCUGCUAAAGGCAUAUGAAGAACUUUGGGUAAAAGAACUUAGUGAAGAUGUGGAAAAUAUUCUCAAGUGAGCAUUGGGCAUUUGUUCAUUGACAUUGCAUUAGUUAAAAUGUUGCAAGCUUGUUUUAAAAUCUAAUGAUUUAUAUAUAAAAUAUCUAAUAAUUAAUACAGAUAUGCGGUCCUCCAAAAAAUUCAAAGGUACUAAGCAAGCACAGCCCCUAAUGGAUUUGGGAAACUCGUUCCAUAGUUUCGGCGCCGCAACGCUAAACACCCGUCUCCUGAUGUUAAUAGCGAUUUACCUUUGAGAGGUACUGACAUAAACUGUGGUUUGAACGUAAACUAUGGACAUCUUAUGGCUUUUUGUAUCCGAGAUUAUCAGAUCACUAUUGUGUUACGGGCUAUAGAUAGCUUAAAAAAUAGUUAAUAAUAUAUCUUAACAUAAACGCGUUGUGUAACUAGCAGCCAGUGUAGAAAAUGUAAUGAUGGAGUUAUGUGGGAGCAUUUACUCUCUUGAAAUUUUAGGCGUGCGAGAUUAAAAGCGAUGAUUCUGGUGUACAAGCAAGUGCGCCCAUUGCAUUUUCUUGCGUGAGGAGAUUAACCCAGUUUUUCCUUUAUGCCAUUUUACCACGUAGACUAAAGAAAAUGCAAGAAAGACCACUCUCACUGACUUUGUCCUAUUUUGAGUGCCUCAGGGCUCUUUCAAAAAGCCACAACUUGCUGGCCGAAAUGGGCUUUGUCCGAGAAAUUUCCACUAUAAAGAAGAUAGUUUGAGAAUAGAUUGAUCCUGCUUGAGGUUUCUGAUUGUUAGUGAAAUUAUCUUUACGACUGGACUGGUCCCGCGGCCGGUCAGUUCUGACUAGUGGUAAGCGCAUCCAGUCUUGGUAUCAGAUUUAGCUGAUGCGGGGGGUAAAUUUGCCCCUACUCCCUCGAAAUCAGCUUUUUUUCUAAUGUCGAGGCAAGGAAGGGCCUUAGUCGAGUUCAUUUUAUCUCAGGUUUGCUUAAGAAACUGGUGAGUCUUUAAUUCUUCUUUACUUGGUAACUUAGGAGUGGAGGAGGUAUCGGUAGUGGGGACAUCCGCAAAAUGGCGUACUUUGAGUCAUCCAUGGAUCCAACAGUCGCAAGGAAAGGGGUGAGUAGUGCUGUGUAAAGGACUGAGCGAGUCUCCAAAGCUUCUUUCUAAUUCUCAAGCUGAAUUCCUCUUUGUUUUUUUCGUUUCUGGAAAGGGUCGCGACAAGACGCGUGUAAUUGUGUACCGCUGUCCAGGAAACACUGCCGUACAGGUAACUUGUAAUCAGUUAUUGAUCAAACGCGUUUUCCUUCACCAAAAUGUGAGAAUUAAUUUCGAUGUGGUAUGUGAAAAGUUCAUUCUAAUGCUUGCUAAAAUAUCGCGGACAAAGUUAGUCAUACGUACUGCGCGUUAGAAGGGUUCGCUUGCAUCCUUGCAUACAACAUUGAUAGAAGGGAGUUGAGGAGAGUAAGAUAAUAUAAGGUGAAAAGUGCUAUCCUUCAUCCUUCAUAGUACGUGACGUACCGCUGACCCACCUGAUCGCAUGUUUUCUUGUUUCCUCUUAGGUCUAUGAUUACCUCAGGAAAACAGCGAGGGUUAUUUUUGGUCCAGACCUUGUAAGUAAACAAUUAAACAAUUGUUUAUUUAAGUAGUGACUUUCAAAUGCUUUCAGAGUCUUCGUCUUAACGAUAAGGUUCCUUUUCCGUCGACUAUAAAAAGUAGUAUAGUCAAGGAUGUUUUAGGCCGUUUUUUGUUGUCCAUGUAGGGUCGAUGUGAGGUCGUCUGCUGUGUGGAUCGAUGCUUAUUUGCGGAAGAGGAGCCUUAGUAAUCGCGCUGCCUUUUCUUUGGCUAAAAUUCGAGAGUUAAUUUUGAAAAACAGCGCAACCUAAUCUGUUGCUAAUCUGUUGGUUGCGCACAAUGCAUGAUUUCUAAGAGCAGUGUCAAACUGAGUUCCGUGCGACGGUGGUUUAUCGUUAUUUUCUUUAAAGCAAGUAUAAUAAGACAAUGAUUGGAUUCGGUUUUUGUAAUAUCCGGAAUAAUCAGGGUCGCGUUAAGUGUUAGAUAACUAAAGAUUACCUCGACCUUGGUUUUUCCGGAUAUCACAAAAACCACGUCUAAAACUUGUUCAAAAUUCUACCUGCCGUCGGACGUGAUGACCGGACAGAUCAAAAUACCAUAUACUAUCAUUUUAAGGCAAUAUUAUGCGUUUCCGAAAAAGUUUCUGGUUUGUGCGACGAAUUGUGCGUCUGACUGUGUAACUGUGCUGUGGUUUUGCCAAAGGGCAAGUGCGACGGCUAAUCUUGUCAGUCAAGAUGUAAUGUGUUGUUUUUAGAAAGAUCCAAUUCACGCAGAAAAUACUUUUAAACUUACUUUACUGUCUUUUUCGGCAAAUUAUUACCAGUUAACAUCUUAACUUUCCUAACACAGACUUUUCUCGCUCAUUAAACUUUAUAAAAGUGUUAUACUUUGCACUGAUUGCUCCUGCCGCGCGAUGUACGGUCGGAGGAAGAUUUUGGAUGAGACGACAAAAACUCCUGCCUCUUCCUCUUGACAACAACAAUAACCAGGCUAGAAUGUACUUCUUUAAAAUAAUUUUAUGUCUGUCAUACUUUUUUAGGUUGUCCUUGGGCCACAUGAGAAUUUCAAUGUGCUGAGCUUGAGUGGUAAGUCUGUUUGGUUAUUGCUUCGUGUUUUUAAUAAUAAUGAACUUACCAACUGCAAACUUAAGUUGAUGUCACUUUGAUAAUAAAAUGUUCUCUACGGUCAUCGAAUUGUCUCGUUUUCAAACAAGGCCAGUAAGCCAUUUUCGAGAUCCUAAAGCUCUCACUUUCAAAACGAGGCUAAGUGCAAAACCUUUCUUGUGAAAACGAGUUAUAUUUGCAUGAGAAUAAAAAAUUAUUUGUAAUCCAUGGGUUUGUACCUAGCCUCACUUUGAAGCAGAAGCUUGGGACAACUCGGAUAUGGAAAGUUUGUGAUCAUAAUCUAUAAUUACUUACACCACAGGACCACAGGAUUCUAUCCUGGUUAUUUUUGUUCCUUUUCAUGAAUUCUACAUUAUAAUUCUACUGUGUCGUCAGUUUGACAUGCAUUACGGGCGCAAACCUUUGGUUUUCAUUUCUCCUGAGUAUUACGCUCGAGUCGUCCCAAGAAAUUUUAAGACAAUCCUUAUAAUGCAAAAAAAUUUUUUUUUUUUUUUUUUUUUUGGGGGGGGGGGAGGAGGUGCAAAAAAAAUAUUUUGUGGUAGAUGCGUAAAAAAAAAAAAUGGCUAGUCCCAAAAUAAUGCGCCAAAGGCAUUGCAAAUGAAACCGAAAAAGCCUGCAAGGGGAGCGAAGAACCCAAGCACAAGAGCCGGACCGAAGGCUAAACUGACGUUUGUUUGGUUUUUUUUUUUGUGAGGACUUUUGAGUAUUUUUUCAUAAAUAUUUAUUUGUUUUUUUAUUGUUAAUUAUUUCUGUGUCUAAAACUUUUUUUUUUUUUUUUUUUUUUUUUUUUUUUUUUUUUUUUCUUAUAUAUUUUUUAUAAAUUUUUUUAUUGUAAAAAAAUUUUUUUUUUUUUUUUUUUUUUGGGGGGGGGGGAGGAGGUGCAAACAAGAUAUUUUGUGGUAGAUGCGUAAAAAAUAAAAAUGGCUAGUCCCAAAAUAAUGCGCCAAAGGCAUUGCAAAUGAAACCGAAACAGCCUGCAAGGGUAGCGCAGAACCCAAGCACAAGAGCCUGAUCGAAGGCUAAACUGACGUUUGUUUGGUUUUUUUUUCUGUGAGUACUUUUGAGUAUUUUUUCACAUUAAAAAGUUACGCGUCGUCGUCUUUCGUUAACACAUGAAGGAUGAUGAAGAGAUAUUUUUGUAGACAGUCUCAGUCACCCCAUUGGACCAGUUUGUAAAUGGGGAAGUAUUGUAUCGUCUACAAAAGUUUGUCUGCGUUUACAAACCUUAACGAUAUUGUGUGGACGGAAGAUGAAUUUGGCGUGGUAAACUUGUCUUAUCUCUUAUAGCUGGGAAGCCUAAAAAGCCAAAUGCUUUAAAGACAAUAUGCCUGAUGCUUGGACCGGACUUUAUCACGGAUAUUAUAGAGGUGAGGAGAGAAAUGAAGAUUAUGAAGCUGAAGGAAAGAAAGGACACUAGAGUUUAAAAUAGACGCCUCAAGAGGUCAUUUUUACGAUGAUAAUCCUUUUAAUUAAUUUUCCUCUUUUCCUGUUUUAAAGUUCUGUCGGUGAGGUCGGUUAAGGCCUAAUUGCAGCAAAGAAGAAAAAAAGCAAAUUCUGCCAGCAAAUUCAAAUCUUCAAUUUAAAAAAAAAGUUGGAAUUAAUGAAUCGUUCCUGGAUUACUGAAUGAUCUCGGCAUUGCCAAAAAAGAAAAGAACUUGGAACGAAAUUGGAACGUCUGGUUGAAAUUUGCUUUUGGCUAAAUUGGCAGUGAAAGGGUUAAUCAUAACUAUAACAAAAUUCUCAAAUCUGAUUGGCUAUCAACUGUCCUGAUUUCAGCACCGAUAGAACAGCGUAAUAGGACAGUAAGCGUCAUGCCUGUAAUUUUUGGACACUACGCGCCAUCGUGCGCUCACUUAAAUCGCUUUUUUCACUGCUUGCAAAAAAGCCCUCGGAAUUUUUUGUGUUUUAAUUAGAAAAAAGCCUAAAAUAUCACAAAUUCUGUUAUAGUUAUAAUUGAUUGGUAACAGAACUUCGUGUUUUCUAAUUCGUUCUGUAAUCUUACUCGUGAUUAAACAAUUUUGUUAAUCACUCGUUUGAUUAAAGACCGAAUUGGACUCCACUCAGUCUUAUUAGCAUUAUUAAUCACAUAAUAAUAUAGUAUUUUAUCUUUUUUUUUUCUCUUUGCAUUUCAGGUAGAAACGAGUGACCACGCUCGACUGAAGAUAAAGAUCGCAAUGAACAACUUCUUUGAGGUAUACCAUCAACAUCAUCAAGCAAUGGCUCAGUAAUGAAUCUAUCAGGUUUCUUGUCAUUUGUAGACAAUAUUAUCUCAUCAUCUCCUUCAUAGUUAACUAUUACCGAUUUGCUGUUUUUCUGUUUACCAGACUAACAUUUCAAGGUGUCUUGUGAUUUCAAGGUACCUUAUUCUUGCUAAUUUUCGCGCUUACUUAAUUUCGCGAACAUUCGUUAGCCGGAUUCCGCGAGUCCUAAUUUUCGCGUUUGCGAACAAAACUAGAGAAAAAGCGUUCUAAAUUUCGCGAUUUUCUCUUUGUUUUUAUUUUCGUAAAUCCUGAACAGAGGGCACUUGUCACAAAUCAAUAAAACUACAUAUUUCAAACACGUCAAAGCAAGAUAAUUAUUAUUGUAAACUUACAACUGCCCUACAUAUAACCUUAUGGACAAGACAAAAUAUGACUUUGCUGCGUAUGUUGUCUAUUCAAUGUACGCUUCAGAACUUAAAACGCAACUUUAGAUGUUAAGUAAGUGUGCACAGUUCAAAAAACACCGAGACUCAGAACAUUUUAAGAAUUGUUAUUGUUUUGUUUUCGAAAAUGGUCAUUAAAUUUCGCGCAAUCUUUUGUUUGCGCGUAUUGAAUUUCUCGAAUUUUUUAAAAUCGCGAAAAUCGCGAAAUUUAAUACUCGUGAAAAUUAGAAAGAAUAAGGUAAUUUUGCACGUUGCAAAAUAAUGAUCCAGAAUAUCUUGACAGAGCCCCUUUAGGACUGGAAGAAUAAUAGCCAUUUCUUGUCCUUUUUGUAGGUUGAAAGGGGAAAUGAAGAUUCUGAACAAGCCAUUUUUUCUGUACCAGAUUACAUUGGACACGCCUGCAAAAGUGUUGGUACAAAAUUAUCCCUUUUUUUCUUGUACUCAGUCGCCUUGUACUUCGCCCCAGGCUCCCAGGACAGGAGGCCUCCGGUCCCGGCCUUUAUUAAGGGAUUAAGGGAAGGCUAGAACAGUAAAAUUCAAAUAUGUUGUAAAGUUAAAAAGGUACUUUGUAAACAUUUAUUUUAUCAUACAAAUAUAACUCUUGGCGAGAGACAACACGCCGUCGAUUCAUAGCAAGUUAUUGAAACCAGCCAGCAUCUGCUUGAGCCUCGUUAUGUAACUGUAUUGUGGAACACAGUCGCGAACAAAUGAAAAACAACAACCGUUCUGUAUUAUCGUAGGUUACCGGGGGAACAUUGUUCACCCGACACUGAGGGUCUCCGUCACUAAUCAUCAAUACAUAGUUCGACUCAAAUGAAGAUUAGUUUUUCUGUGGAGUACUUGCCCCAGUUAUUCAAAAGGUGGAUAGCACUAUUCAGUGGAUAAAUCACUAUCUAAUGGAUAACGCAAUUAGUUUUCGUAAUACUCAUCCUUUGGAAAGCGCUAUCCAACUUUUGAACAACCGGGGCCUGGAAUACAUUGGAAUAUAAAAAGUAAAUAGAAAAUAUUAAAAUUCAUACUUGGCUCCGAGGCCUUAGGGGAAUGAAACAAAAGAAAAGUGUUAUUCAUUGCUGUAGCCUCUACACAGAUGUUGUUUUAUUUUUAAUUUCUUUUCGUCCUUCGUUCUUUUCGAAAACAUUGGUGAGCACGCGAUUGAAGCGAGCGCGCGAGAACUCGCAGCCAGGAAUGAAUUUUAAUAUAUCGAAAUUGGUCUAAAUUGAUGUAAGUUCUGGUCUCUCUGUAGCGAGCAGGAUCCGUGGUAUGGUCGCACAAGUGCCUUUUGAUGAAUUUCACCGCUAUUCUACAUCUGUGAUCAAGAAAGCUGUUUUUGGUGUGGAUAAAGAUGGAAAAAUCAAACAAAGACUGCGAUUUGAUGCNUCUAAGUUAAUGUAAGUUCUGGUCUCUCUGUAGCGAGCAGGAUCCGUGGUAUGGUCGCACAAGUGCCUUUUGAUGAAUUUCACCGCUAUUCUACAUCUGUGAUCAAGAAAGCUGUUUUUGGUGUGGAUAAAGAUGGAAAAAUCAAACAAAGACUGCGAUUUGAUGCCAACCAACUUGUGAGUUAAUAAAAAUCUCUGUUAUUUCAGCCUCCAAAUCUUUGGACCUGAUCCUCAGAAGACGAGGAAAUUAAAAAAUUAGAGGAUUUUGUUUUUCCCAUUUUUUGUCCAUUUUCUAUCCACGCCUUCACUGUUCUCAUUCUUCAUUCUCUCUCUUAGGGGAAGGGUAUUUUCUGGUCAUUAUUAACUGCUAAAGACGGUCUCGUUUCUAUCCAAAAGACCGAGUUCUUUUUGCGAUUAUAACCUAAGUUCUUGUUAUAGUAAAAAGAGCACUUGGUGAUGAGAGAUACAGUGUGAUGUGUUUUCCAAAGGAUGUAAAUCUGAAGCGGGAGUUUUCAAACGUCAGGAGGGAUCUUUGACUCUCUCACAGUUCAGAAACACGCGCUACACAGGCCCUGGCUUCCAGGAAACCAAUUCAAGGUCACAAGAGAAUUUUUAAGUUGCUUUUCGAAAGAAUAUUCUCCAAUUAUUCUGUAAACGUUUUGAAAUUACUUUUUCUAGUAUGGACAGUAUUACUUCGCAAGCUAUGGGAGUCGACUUAAUGUAAAGUGCAUGUGUUUUUUUUUUAAGGUGGUGACUAACGUUGACAUCCAGAGCAUAGAGCCCGUUGAUCUGCACAUGAGUGAAAGCCUCAGUAAAUCUGUGCAAAUGGCCAUCGAAAUUUCCACCAAGUAAGUUUGGUAAUGUCCUUACAGAGAGGCAUUGGAAGCCAUCUCUUGUAUACUAAAUAUCACAUGUGAGAAAGUAGUAUAAAGUCAAUGAGCUCUGCAACUUUGAAUACGUUGAUUGGUCCUGACUGUUCAUAACCUCUGCUGCUUUUUCGUAAAAGGAUUCUUCUUCCCAUAAUGCCUUGUACAUCUCUCGUUCCUAGUACCUCGCGGUGUCAAUUGCGAUCUCACAAAAAAACCUGUAGAGGAGGUUGCAUUCUCAUCAAAAUCUUGCACUUAUGACCUCAGAAUUGAAGAAUUCUUUUAUCAUGUGAGAACCAGAUCACCCUACAGAAAGAUAGACGAAGGACAGUCUCCUUGCAAUAAUAUUGCAAUUACUUGUUAACCCUUUGAAUAUACACAUACAAAUUCUCCAAACUGAUCUCUAUACAUUUGAUUAAAGAUCAAGGCAUUUUCUCUCACGUGAUCAUUUUAUUAAUUCUCACAACCUAAUCUGUUAACAAUGUAUGGAUACUACUAGGAGAAAAUUGAUGUUGUUCACCAUUGGGACUUAAAGGGUUAAACUAGUUCAUUUUUUUAUUUUUUCGUUCACAUUUUUCCAACUCAUUCUCAUGAUAAUAUCUGUUUGUAAUCGAGUGGGUUGCCGUUGCUCGUGCUCGAUCGUCUUCCUAUUAACUCUGCCUUAAUGCACAGUUCACAUGCGCACCUUGAGAGGUGUCUGUUGUAAACUUAAACCAGUUUUUAUGUGGGCAAAAAAGUGAACUUCGGUACCAUGCAGCCAGGCAUGCUGGCACUGACGCCAUACAUUACACUGGUUAUUCGGCUAUAUCUGUUGGAUUCACUAAACUCCAGUCUAGCAAUUUUAGUUCUGGUACGCGAUUUUCUAAACUGGGCGUGAACCAUAUUCUUAGUAUGAAUCACUUGAAUUGAGCAUUAGUGCAUACUAGAAAGAGGACAAAAGUCAGAGAAAGUGGUCCUUUGUCCUGUUUAUAAAGUUCCUCCCCUUUCCAAACCAACUUGUUGAAGCUAAACCAGUUAUUGUAAAUGCGUGCAAUGGAAGGCGUUUUAUCUCCUUUGCGUGCUUUUUUCAUCCGAGGUCUAUUGAGCGAGCAGCAGAACACGAAGCGAAGAGAACAGAACAGAUGGCCAAAGGAAUGUUAGAAAGACAGAAACUCACCAACGAGAAGGUCAGUCGCGUCUCCUGAUAAUCAAAAACAUUCUGAAGCCGAUCGGCAACGUGUUUAUCACCAGCUCUUAAUUCAGUGAACACCCUAUGAUUUUCGUCUAAGGAUCUGCUUGAUUCAAGGUAGUUCAUAAUUUAUGAAGUGACGCAAUAAAGCUCCUCUUCCUGUCUUUUAGAGGCAGUGGGAUACAGCACCACAGAUCCCAGAAUUCCGAUGUACAUCACACUCCCUUCACGUGCCAGGGCCAGAGAGCGCCUGCCUUAUAACUGUGUUCACUAAGAAGCCCGCGGUUUAUCUACGUAAUAUGAGGGUUAAAAGUUCGUCGUAUUUGUAGGACGCUGUUAUCUCAGCCGUGCCCUAUAUUUAUUAUCAUUUAUAAUUUGAUAUUGGUUGGCCGAGUUUUACACCUCUCAGGUACUCUCUUGUUGAAAAAGAACAAGAGAAGAGGCGCUGAACUGUUGGCUCGCAAUCAUAUGUAUAAUAGCCGACUGCGAGCAGUCUCCCUUUUUCUUCAGAUUUAGUAAGCGGAGUGCACUCGCGCGAAAGCCUCUCCCGUCUCGCGCCUUUCAUCACGCACGUGGUCAUUUUCAUGUCUCGCGCGUUUCGCUCGACGCACUAAGGAAAAACAGGGAAUGCUCGUGGUCUCUAUGUACAAUCUCUUUCCCUUGUUUCAUUUUACUUGCGUGUUCUCUUGGUUCAGAUAGUUUGCUGCUCUAUAUUUAAGUUAGUGUUAAUCUAGAUUUUAAGUAUAUAUAAUUUUUAUUUUUAUUUGCAAGGAAGCUGAAAAUGCGCGGGUGAGUUUAUUUGAACUAAGAGCUAUCACCGCUGCUGUCGAAUCUUCCGGACAGAAGAAAGCUGAAGCACAGGUCAGCAAAGUGAUUUUUUCUUCCAUUGUUAGCAGUCAGUAUAUUUGUGAGUACACUGAGCGUCUGUGGCUCAGAAAGGGAUAUACCUCUGAAAAACAAAUGCCCGACAAUCUCAUAAAAGUGUUUGCCUCGAACUCUUGGUGUCGCCAGUUGAUAAAUAAUUGAUAUCCUUAUGCACUACGUGUCUUAGACAGUCAGUGCUCGCGUUUAAACUUAGUUUGAAGGUUUCAUUUAAAGCUAUGUUCUUCACAUUUAGCAGUUUGUUUACAGGUUGUGAUUUUAACUUAUUUUUAUAAAGCUGCUUAUUACAACAAAUGAAACCCGGAAAUUGCUUAACCAUGAACAUUUUUUUUAAUAGAAUAGUGCAACCUCGCUAAACUGUAUUCUUUCGCUCAGUACGCGUUUCUCUCCCCAUGGGUACAGUAUACAAACGCGCCCUCGACUGCAGUACAUGAUUGUGACUUACGAUGAGCGUUACCAGAACUACUUAUUAUUAGGGAGUAACUUGUACUCUGUUACUUUGUUUUCUUAAAAAAACAAAACCUGUAUACUUCGACAGGCUCAAGCCGAGCGGUUACUGAUCGAAGGAGAAAGUGCGAUCGAAGGUAUGAAAUUGUGUUUCCAACAACUUUAAACCUUGUUACCGCUUUUUAUUGCAAAAAUACAGGUUAGAUUUUUUCGAUACAGAUAGCAGGAUCCGUGGUAUGGUCGCACAAGUGCCUUUUGAUGAAUUUCACCGCUAUUCUACAUCUGUGAUCAAGAAAGCUGUUUUUGGUGUGGAUAAAGAUGGAAAAAUCAAACAAAGACUGCGAUUUGAUGCUAACCAACUUGUGAGUUAAUAAAAAUCUCUGUUAUUUCGGUCUCCAAAUCUUUGGACCUGAUCCUCAGAAGACGAGGAAAAGUUGAACCCGGAAUUAAAAAAAUUAGAGGAUUUUGUUUUUCCCAUUUUUUGUCCAUUUUCUAUCCACGCCUUCACUGUUCUCAUUCUUCAUUCUCUCUCUUAGUGGAAGGGUACUUUCUGGUCAUUAUUAACUGCUAAAGACGUUCUCGUUUCUAUCUGAAAGACCGAGUUGUUUUUGCGAUUAUAACUUAAGUUCUUGUUAUAAAAAGAGCACGUAGUGAUGAGAGAUACAGUGUGAUAUGUUUUCCAAAGGAUGUAAAUUUGAAGCGGGAGUUUUCAAACGUCAGGAGGGAUCCUUAACUCGCUCACAGUUGAGAAACACGCGCUACACAGGCCCUAGCUUCCAGGAAACCAGUUGAAGGUCACAAGAGAAUUUAAGUUGCUUUUAGAAAGACUAUUCUCCAAUUAUUCUGUAAACGUUUUGAAAUUACUUUUUCUAGUAUUGACAGUAUUACUUCGCAAGCUAUGGGAGUCGACUUAAUGUAAAGUGCAUGUGUUUUUUUUAAGGUGGUGACUAAUAUUGACAUCCAGAGCAUAGAGCCUGUGGAUCUGCACAUGAGUGAAAGCCUCAGUAAAUCUGUGCAAAUGGCCAUCGAAAUUUCCACCAAGUAAGUAUAGGUAAUGUCCUUACAGAGAGGCCUUGGAAGCCAUCUCUUGUAUACUAAAUAUCGCGUGUAAGAAACUGGUAUAAAUUCAAUGAGCUCUGCAACUUUGAAUACGCUGAUUGGUCCUGACUGUUCAUAGCUUCUGCUGCCCUUUCGUAAAAGGAUCCUUCUUCCCAUAAUGCCUUUUGCAUUGCUCGUUCCUAGUCCCUCGCGGUGUCAAUUGCGAUCUCGCAAAAAACUUGUAGAGGAGGUUGCAUUCUCAUCGAAAUCUUGCACUUAUGACCUCAGAAUUGAAGAAUUCUUUCGUCAUCUGAGAACUAGAUCACCCUACAGAAAGAUAGACGAAGGGUAGUCUCCUUGCGAUAAUAUUGCAAUUACUUGCUAACCCUUUAAAUAUACACAUACAAAUUCACCAAACUGAUCUCUAUACAUUUGAUAAAAGAUCAAGGCAUUUUCUCUUAGGUGAUCAUUUUAUUAAUUUUCACAACCUAAUCUCGUAACAAUGUAUGGAUAUUACUAGGUGAAAAUUGAUGUUGGUCACCAUUGGGACUUAAAGGGUUAAACUAGUUUAUUUUUUCGUCCACAUUUUUCCAACUCAUUCUCAUGAUAAUGUCUGUUUGUAACCGAGUGGGUUGCCUUUGCCCGUGCUCGAUCGUCUUCCUAUUAGCUCUUUCUUAAAUGCACAGUUCACAUGCGCACCUUGAGAGGUGUCUGUUCUGAACUUAAACCAGUUUUCAUGUGGGCAAAAAAGUGAACUUCGGUACCAUGCAGCCAGGCAUGCUGGCACUGACGCCAUACAUUACACUGGUUAAUUGGCUAUAUCUGUUGGAUUCACUAAACUCCAGUCUAGCAAUUUUAGUUCUGGUACGCGAUUUUCUAAACUGGGCGUGAACCACAUUUUUUAGUAUGAAUCACUUGAAUUGAGCAUUAGUGCAUACUAGAAAGAGGACAAAAGUCAGAGAAAGUGGUCCUUUGUCCUGUUUAUAAAGUUCCUCCCUUUUCCAAACCAACUGAUUGAAGCUAAACCAGUUAUUGUAAAUGCAUGCAAUGGAAGGCGUUUUAUCUCCUUUGCGUGCUUUUUUCAUCCGAGGUCCAUUGAGCGAGCAGCAGAACACGAAGCGAAGAGAACAGAACAGAUGGCCAAAGGAAUGUUAGAAAGACAGAAACUCACCAACGAGAAGGUCAGUUGCGUCUCCUGAUAAUCAAAAACAUUCUGAAGCCGAUCGGAAACGUGUUUAUCACCAGCUCUUAAUUCAGUGAACACCCCAUGAUUUUCUUCUAUGGAUCUGCUUGAUUCAAGCCAGUUCAUAAUUUAUGAAGUGACGCAAUAAAGCUCCUCUUCCUGUCUUUUAGAGGCAGUGGCAUGCAGCACCACAGAUCCCAGAAUUCCGAUGUACAUCACACUCCCUUCACGUGCCAGGGCCAGAGAGCGCCUGCCUUAUAAUUGUGUUCACUAAGAAGCCCGCGGUUUAUCUACGUAAUAUGAGGGUUUUAAAAAUUCGUCGUAUUUGUAGGACGCUGUUAUCUCAGCCGUGCCCUAUAUUUAUUAUCAUUUAUAAUUUGAUAUUGGUUGGACGAGUUUUACACCUCUCAGGUACUCUCUUGUUGAAAAAGAACAAGAGAAUAGGCGCUGAACUGUUGGCUCGCAAUCAUAUGUACAAUAGCCGACUGCGAGCAGUCUCCCUUUUUCUUCAGAUUUAGUAACCGGAGUGCACUUGCGCGAAAGCCUCUCCCGUCUCGCGCCUUUCAUCACGCACGUGGUCGUUUUCAUGUCUCGCGCGUUUCGCUCGACGCACUAAGAAAAAACAGGGAAUGCUCGUGGUCUCUAUGUACAAUGUCUUUCCCUUGUUUCAUUUUACUUGCGUGUUCUCUUGGUUCAGGUAGUUUGCUGCUCUUUAUUUAAGUUAGUGUUAAUCUAGAUUUUAAGUAUAUAUAAUUUUUGUUUUAAUUUGCAAGGAAGCUGAAAAUGCGCGGGUGAGUUUAUUUGAACUAAGAGCUAUCACCGCUGCUGUCGAAUCUUCCGGACAGAAGAAAGCUGAAGCGCAGGUCAGCAGAGUGAUUUUUUCUUCCAUUGUUAGCAGUCAAUAUAUUUGUGAGUACACUGAGCGUCUGUGGCUCAGAAGGGGAUAUACCUCUGAAAAACAAAUGCCCGACAAUCUCAUAAAAGUGUUUGCCUCGAACUCUUGAUGUCGCCAGUUGAGAAAUAAUUGAUACUCUUAUGCACUACGUAUCUUAGACAGUCAGUGCUCGCGUUUAAACUUAGUUUCAAGGUUUCAUUUAAAGCUAUGUUCUUCACGUUUAGCAGUUUGUUUACAGGUUGUUAUUUUAACUUAUUUAGAUAGAUAGAUAGAUAGAUAGAUAGACAGACAGACAGACAGACAGACAGACAGACAGACAGACAGACAGACAGACAGAUAGACAGAUAGAUAGACAGAACCAGAACUACGUAUUAUUAGGGAGUAACUUGUACUCUGUUACUUUGUUUUCUUAAAAACAAAACCUGUAUACUUCGAUAGGCUCAAGCCGAGCGGUUACUGAUCGAAGGAGAAAGUGCGAUCGAAGGUAUGAAAUUGUGUUUCCAACAACUUUAA